AUGCCCUUUGCGCAACUGGUAAUAGGCCCCCCGGGUGCGGGCAAGUCAACUUAUUGCAAUGGCAUGCACCAGUUCCUCGGAGCUAUCGGGCGCAAAUGCUCAAUAGUAAACCUCGACCCCGCAAACGACAAUACAUCAUAUCCGUGUGCGCUGGACGUGCGCGAUCUUGUGACGCUCGAAGAGAUUAUGAGCGAAGACCAGCUAGGUCCGAACGGUGGUGUUUUAUAUGCUCUGGAGGAGCUAGAAGAGAACUUUGACUUCUUAGAGGAAGGCUUGAAGGAAUUGGGAGAUGACUACGUUAUAUUCGACUGUCCUGGCCAGGUAGAAAUCUUUACACACCACUCGUCCUUGCGGAAUAUCUUCUUUAAGCUCCAGAAGAUGGGAUACAGACUCAUAGUAUUACACCUGAUCGACUCCUACAACCUCACCUUACCAUCGAUGUACAUCUCCUCUCUCAUCCUCUGCCUCCGCGCCAUGCUCCAAAUGGACCUCCCGCAUCUCAAUGUUUUAACGAAAAUCGAUAACCUAUCCAAUUACACUUCUCUCCCGUUCAACCUAGAUUUCUACACCGAGGUCCAGGACCUUUCAUACCUUCUCCCGCACUUAGAGGCAGAGUCAUCCCGACUGUCGCACGAGAAGUUCGGACCGCUCAACAACGCCAUCAUCACUCUGAUCGAAGAGUUCGGACUCGUGGGCUUCGAAACACUUGCCGUUGAGGAUAAGAAGAGCAUGAUGAACCUGCUCCGAGCCAUUGACCGAGCAAGCGGGUAUGUGUUCGGGCCAGCAGAGGGCGCAAACGACUCUGUUUGGCAGGUAGCUGUUCGAGAAGGGAUGGGGAGCAUGGAUAUCCGGGAUAUUCAGGAGCGGUGGAUAGAUGCCAAAGACGAGUACGACGAGCUGGAACGACGGCAACUAGAAGAAGAGGCAAAAAAGCACGAGCAAGCCGCGGCCGCUCAGACUACGAAUGAUGAUGAUGACGACGAAUUCGGGCCCGGGGCGCCUAUACCAGAUGGCGGAGUCAAGGUAAUACGGAAGAAAUGA